AUGCGUCGAAAAUCAGUCCCACCAGACUCCUACACUUUCCCCUUUGUUCUCAAAGCUUGUGGUUUAGUAAAUUCUCUGUCCCUCGGCAACACCCUUCAUUCUCAAGCCUUGAAGUUUGGGUUUUUAGCUGACGCUUUCGUGUGUAAUAAUCUUGUUCAUGUAUAUACCGUCAAUGGUAAUACUAGUGACGCCCAUAAGGUGUUUGAUGAAAGUUGUUGUAGAGAUGUUGUUACUUAUAAUUUAAUCAUUGAUGGGUAUGUCAAAGCAGGUGAGAUGGGCAAAGCGAGAGAAAUGUUCGACGAAAUGACUGAAAGAGAUGCGGUUUCUUGGGGUACCCUUUUGGCGGGAUAUGCAAAAAUGAACAAAUGUAAAGAUGCCAUUGAACUAUUCUAUCAAAUGGUUUCAUUAAACGUAAAAUUUGAUAAUGUUGCAUUGGUUUCUGCUCUCUCAGCUUGUGCCCAACUUGGGGAUCUAGAGAAGGGGAAGACCAUACAUGAUUAUAUUAGGAAGAAGGGUAUUCACAUAGAUUCAUACUUGUCUACUGGAUUGGUAGAUCUAUAUGCCAAAUGUGGGUGCAUUGAGAUUGCUAGGGAGAUAUUUGAGACAAGCUUGGAAAAGAAAGUGUUUACUUGGAAUGCUAUGCUAGUUGGAUUAGCCAUGCAUGGUCAUGGCCAGUUAUUGUUUGAUUACUUCUCAAGAAUGGUGGAAGGUGAUGUCAGGCCUGAUGGGGUAACUUUUUUGGCAUUGUUGGUGGGAUGUAAUCAUGCAGGUCUUGUUCAGGAAGCUAGAAGGCUCUUUGGAGAAAUGGAAGAGGUUUAUGGUGUUUGUCGAGAACUAAAACAUUAUGGGUGUAUGGCGGAUUUGCUGGCACGUGCAGGGUUGAUUAAAGAAGCUAUGGAGAUGAUAAAGGCAAUGCCAAUGGCUGGUGAUGUGUUUGUGUGGGGUGGUUUGCUUGGUGGGUGUAGGAUACAUGGGCACGUUGAGCUUGCUGUUAAAGCUGCUGAAAAUGUGAUGGAGGUGAAACCAGAAGAUGGUGGGGUGUAUUCAAUCUUGGCAAAUGUGUUUGCAGAUGCUGGUCGUUGGGAUGAUUUGGUCAGUAUAAGGAAAAGAAGAGAUUGUGCAAAGAUCAAGAAGAGUGCUGGUUGUAGUUUGAUUCAGUUGAAUGGGAUGACACAUGAAUUUAUUUCAUGGGAUGACUUGCACCCUCAAAGUAACGAGAUAUAUUCCGUCUUAAAUUGUCUACAACUCAAUUUGAAGCAUUCUAUUGCCGAUAGGGUUUUGAUGAACUAA